GAAGAGCUUGUUUGUGUUUUGGUUCUAAGGGGAAGUUGCGAGAAGAAAGAAAGGAGGAGACGUGACAGGAUUGUUGAAAUUGUUUUCUCGGUCCCCCCCUCCCCUGACACCAGCUCAUCACAGUGUCCCGGGUUCUGUGUGCGAACUGCAGCGGUGCUAUUUAAAGUUGUACAUCGCCUGGCUCUCGGCAGAAGUCCCGACAGUGAGGUUCGGCACACAGGACACCUGGGAUCUGACUAGGUCAUGGCCAAUCGAGGAGGAGCUACGAGACCCAAUGGACCAAAUGCAGGGAAUAAGAUCUGUCAGUUUAAGCUGGUGCUGUUGGGUGAAUCGGCUGUGGGGAAGUCCAGCUUAGUGCUUCGCUUUGUCAAGGGCCAGUUCCAUGAAUUCCAGGAAAGCACAAUAGGAGCGGCCUUCCUAACCCAAACAGUGUGUCUUGAUGAUACAACAGUGAAAUUUGAAAUCUGGGACACUGCAGGCCAGGAGCGUUACCACAGUUUGGCACCAAUGUAUUACAGAGGAGCACAAGCUGCCAUUGUGGUCUACGACAUCACAAACGAGGAGUCCUUUGCACGGGCCAAGAACUGGGUGAAGGAGCUACAACGACAAGCUAGCCCUAAUAUAGUCAUCGCUCUGUCAGGAAACAAAGCUGACCUGGCUAACAAAAGAGCUGUGGACUUCCAGGACGCCCAAUCAUACGCAGAUGACAACAGCUUACUUUUCAUGGAGACAUCGGCCAAGACGUCUAUGAAUGUGAAUGAGAUAUUUAUGGCCAUUGCAAAGAGAUUGCCAAAAAAUGAGCCUCAGACUGCAGGAGCAAACACUGGGCGCAGCCGGGGAGUGGACCUGACAGAAGCUGCCCAGCCAGCCAAGGCUCCAUGCUGCAGUAACUAACAUGAAGAACACCCUCCUCCCUACCAACCUGUAUGGCAGUAACUAAUGUGGUCAAUGCCCCAAAUUCCACUGCAGUUACUAAUGCAAUGUGUCACCUACUCUCUGAAACAAGAAAAUAUGCCCUGCACUCGCCACCCCACUCGUCCACUUUUAACAAAUUCAUUGCCAUCACACUGAUCUUUCUUUGCGGUUCUGCCUCUUUUCCUCCAUUAUGGUUCUGCUGCUACCCGGGGAAGCCUCCUAACCACUUUGUCUUACUUUCUGCCAUCGAGCUUGUUACAUCUAUCGUAUUAUUGAUAGAUCAGUGAUCGCAGGUAUUAGAAACAUUAGAGCACCCUUCCUUGCGUUGUCAUCAUCUUUACACCGUGUAGACAUGAGUUUCAUCUGGAGGAAGUGAUCACUUCUCUUUUCUGGGAUAGCUUAAGUCUUUAAUGUUGCAUUUCUAAUACCAGUCUUCUGUUUUUGUUCAAUUUUUUUAUAACUUUGUUGAUUAUUGUUUACUGUAAUUUUGUCAAACUUGUGGAUGCACAUGCUAGCAUAUUUAGGCGGCCUAAAAGUUAAAGAGUUACACAUUCAAUCUGCAGUAGAGCAGAAAAAGUUGGUUGGAGGAGUGUGUUCUUGUUAAUCUCAGAAAGAGGAAAGGUGGAGGGGGCAGAGAGAAAUUGUAGAUUCUGUCUCUCUUGUUGUUUCUAGGGCCCUUUAUCUCGUAGCUGGGAGGGGGGGGAGAAUAGUUGGUCCUUAUAACCCCACUCCCUCCAUUAAACCCAACGUAGCACUAGUGCAUAGCUUCUCACACCACCUUGUCUCCAUUCUGGGCCCGUGCCUGCUCCUAGCUGUCCUUCGUGGCAUUGUGCAAUGUUUCACAGUAUUUACUCUGUGAGUUGUCUGCAAGGACCAGUGCUGCGCAGCAAAUCCCCUUGUGUCUAUAAACACAGCGCAGAGGCCUCUACGGUACACGUCAGUGUCACCAACUGCCCACUUCAUGAUGUGUCCGUCCAUAAACCUUGUGUAGACCACCCUUUUGUUGUCAUACUGCGGUCUCUUGGGUUUCUGUUUUUCAACGAUUUAUUCUUGUGCGGUUACUUUUUCCAUUGUGUCAAUGUUGCUCGACUGCUGGGUUUGCACUGGGGGUAAAUCGAAGGUGAUAGCAGUGAGUGGGGAGUUGCAAUAUGUAAAGUUGCUUCUUAAUUAAUAUCGGAAUCAUAAAUGUUUGACAUCUUCUCUUGAUUAGAAAGUGCUUUAGACACGGCGGUGUGUCAUUCUGUACAAAGCCCGGCCCGGGUUUGCUGUCUGGUGACAGAUUACAUCCUUCGACUUAUUCACACGCAUUUAUCCGUGUGUUUUGUUGUUUUUGGCUUUUUUUUUUUAACACACAUUUCCACAAUUAAACACACACACGCCACUGACUUGUCGUCUCCCUCCCCACCUUCCCCUAUUCCCUGUAAGACCUAAACAUCACUGUACAUGAACAUACACACAGUCUGUUACACAUCAUCCACACCUUUGUCAAGCACACACUCUGUCCCACCGACACACAACCCCCCUAAUUGUUACACACACAUGCGCACACACACAUACAGAGUACUUUUAGUAAAUAACUCUUUUUACAGGUCUGUCUUACUCAUGCCUUGCACUAAUGAUGUUCAUGAAUAUAUCUUGUCAUGAUUUCAGCCAGUGUGAUAUAUAAAUAUAUAUAUAUAUAUAUAAAUAUAUAAAUAUAAAUAUAUAAAUAAUAUACUGUAAAUAAGGUGUUGCAGUGUAGUCUACCUUUUUCAAUUUACCAGUGACAGGACUAAUGCUUGCUAGGGAGUUGUCUAGAUAAUCAUAAAAAAGUGUACAGUUAGCAGGAAGGGGAAAAAAAACAGCUACAAUCUGGGUUUGGAGUUUUGUUGCUGUUCCUUUUUUUCUUUGUCUUUUUUUUUUUUUUUUUUUACACAUAUAAAUGGUUAAAUUAUAAUCAGUGGUGGUCUUUAUAAAUGUAUCUAGUGUUUAUUAACAACAACAAAAAAAUGAAAUUGCAUUUAUUUAGUCAUCUGUCUUGUAUAUUUCUGUCAUAAAAAAUAUAUCCAAACAUGUUUUGUUUUUUUGUUUUUUAAGAUUAUCUCUUUACUUUACACUUCUCCAUUUUUUUCUUGUCUAUGCCUUGUCCAGAACUAUUCCUCCUCCUACUCCUCCCUGUAAGUAGACGUGAGCUUUCAGAGGCACAGGUUGUAAAACUCCAGAGGAGUCGGACACCACGCUGCACAGUUUUUGAGCUUUCCUCUGUCUGUCCUACUACAUCUCGCUAACAUUGUGACGAUAAUUGUAGGAACAGUAAAACAACUAUCAGCUGGCACAAUGGCGGUUUAUGAAUAGAUGAUUUAACACAUAAUAAGGAUGCAAAUUGUAAUUUUUUUUAAUUUUUUUUGUUUUGCAGUGAACACUUAUUUGCAGCCAGAAACAUUUAAAUGCAAGCAUUUUACAGUACUGUUAUGUAAUGACCAAAUAAAUACUGAAAUAAA